AGGUCGCGUAAACCAGACAGUCACUUCCGCGUUGAGGAAGCAUGAUGCUAACUCUCAGCGCUGCGGGUUUAGCAGGAGUAUUACGUUUAAAGAGUUUAAGAUGCCAGACGUUCAGAUCGAUAUGUGUCAGGAAAUGUUAUAAUGUCCAAAGUCCCUGCAGUGUGUCGAGAUCAGUGCUGUCACGGACCAACACACUGUUUGGGACGUGUAGGACAGCACCAUGUGUGAACCUACGGCCCCUGUCCACUCUGCCUCCACCACCUUCAUCCAGAAGAGACCAAUCCAGCAACCGGAAGAGCGGUCCAGUUACAUGGAAAUCUCUUGCUAUCACAUUUGCGUUUGGAGGAGGUCUUCUUCUAGGGAUGAAAUACUUCAAGAGAGAAAAAGAGGAAAUGAUUGAGAAAGAAAGAACAAAGUCGAUGGGAAAAGCAGCACUUGGAGGUCCAUUCUCACUCGUCGACCACAACAAUAAACCCACAAAGAGUGAGGAUUUCCUCGGCCAGUGGCUGCUGAUCUAUUUCGGCUUCACGCACUGUCCAGACAUCUGUCCUGAUGAACUGGAGAAGAUGAUUGAGGCUGUCGAUGAGAUUGAUAGAAUUAAAACACUUCCAGACAUAACACCAGUUCUCAUCACCAUUGAUCCUGAUAGAGACACACCAGAAGCACUGGCAGCCUAUGUCAAAGAGUUUUCCCCCAAGCUGCUCGGUCUGACAGGCACAACUGCCCAGGUUGACCAAGUGUCCAGAGCCUACAGAGUGUACUACAGCCAGGGCCCAAAAGAUGAAGACAAUGACUACAUUGUUGAUCACACCAUCAUAAUGUACCUGGUGGGACCUGAUGGCCAGUUUCUUGAGUACUUUGGACAGAACAAGAAAUCCGCUGAGAUCUCAUCAUCCAUUGCAUCCCACAUGAGGAAGUACAAACAUGGAAAAUAAAUCAAAGGGCACUGCUUCAACAACGACCGAGUGUCUCACAGCAUUGUCAUUGCUCUGUGAAAUGGGGUUUAUUUAUAUGAGGUGCAACUCUGAUUUAAGAAAUCAAAGACUUUUGAAGCAUUCCCCAUUUUGCUGCAGCCCAACACAGUAACCUUUGUUGAUCUUUGUUAUUCAUUUCCAUAAACAGUAAUGAAAUUCAAAUGAUUCAACUUCAAUAUAGUAUGUUUUGAUUGAUAUUUUGUAAUGCAUUGCAUUGAUGAAUUGUGUAUUACACGUUGCAUCACAAAUUAUAUCAU